AUGACCAUCCAAGCUGGAAGCGAAAAGCUCGGCGAAGACAGCAGGCAUACCCUGGUGACCCCUGAAGAUGUCAGCACGCCUGAUGCUGCUGAGACAGCCACCCUGCUGGUUCUCCUCCCGGGCGCUUACAUGAAGCCAGAUGACUACAAGGGAUUCAUAGCUGGCUUGCGGGGCUGCUUAAAGGGAAAGGUGGCCCUGUGGGUGGCAGCGGCUCACCCCAUCUGGCAGGAGGUAGAUGUCAAGGCGCCAGACGCCAUGCAACAAGCCACGGAGCGAGUGGCCGCCGCUAUCGACGUUUUGAUUGCGCGAGCGCAUCAGGAAGGCUUCCCAGCUGCCAAGCUCCCCUCAGGCCGCGUAACCAAUAUGGUAAUUCUGGCGCACAGCUCGGCGGCUUUAUUCGCAGCGCCGCUGGCCGCCCGGCUGGCCGGCUCGCUGAUUCUGCUGGGCUCCUACCUGUUCCCCUCCAGUGACUACCAUGCCUCCCUGCGCGAGUUCAGCAGGCCGGUUCUGCACUUGGGUGGCAUGCUGGAUGGGCAGGCGCGCUUCUCUAAGGUUGCCAUAGCUGCACUGGAGGCAGCGCACUUUGCAUACCAGGCUGGCCCCAUGUGCGCGGCUGCGCAGAAGCCGGUGAUUCUGCUUCCCGGGGUGAACCAUGCAUGUCUUAGUAACGGUCACAUGCGCCCCGAAGCCAAUGACCUGGCAGCUGAGGUGUCAGCCGAGGAUGCCAAUCUCCAGGUGGCAGGCAUCAUAGCUGACUUUGUCAUGGUGCACAUGUCCACCAACGAGAGAUUCGUUGCACAUCCCGGGGAGCUGGUGCAAGCGAAAUUGGCGUCCGAAGACGUGCAGCGGCGUUUUGUCAGGAUUGCUUCGAGGAACGUGAAGCCAAAGCCUGUCACGCGCGUUCUGAGCUCGGUGCACACAGACAUUGAGGCAUUCAUCCGCAGCCAGCCUACUCUGCAGCUGUACAAAGGAGAAUCUGAACCAUACUGGCUGCUGCAUGUCCACUGCUACUUACACCGACCAAACCUCGUACCUUUUGGCCACCGUUUCCCUGUCGCCCCGCAGUACAUUCUGAAGCUCAAAUCUGCAGAGGCUCUUGCACUGGUUUACACAGGACAAAUUCCGGAUGGUCGAGAGGACGGGAGUCUUGGGGAUCAGCCCAUCACAGCUGCAACGGUCAAUGAAGGAAUGUACAAAGAAGCCCUCAGGAUAGUAACCAGAGACAGCAGAGAGCUGUUCCUUCGCAGGGGCAAGCAGCUCUCUUUCCCGCCCGACAGGGAUGUGAGCAAGGAGAUUCAGACUCCUGUCCAGUGGAUCAAAGACAUGCCCCUAGAAUUUGUGGAUGUCGGCCCCAAAGCUACACAGGUGUGCAGCCCGGUGGUGAUGACUCCAGCAGUGCAGACCAGCGGCAAGCCUGGGCCCGAGGCGGCGUUUCAGGGCAAUUAUUACAUGAAGAUUAUGUCAUUGGCAGGCGCCGUGGAAUGGAUCAUGUGUGAUGGGCUGCGGCCCUCCUCACACCAGCCUUGA